GGUUGCAAGCGCCUCACUCCCUCCGGAGCUCGGCUCGGCUCGGCUUCCAGCGCCGCCGGCGUGACGGGGAGGGCAGCGGGGAGUCCGGCUGCGACGGGGACCAGAGGGCAGUUAGGCUUUUCCUUUCCUUCCCUGCCUGUCUCCCGCCGCUGCGUGGUCCUUUUGCUUCAUGUGCGGGAGCGGGCGGUGGUGGGGCCGCGGAAGCCCUAGGGUGCCCGCGGUGAAGGCAGGCAUCCUCGGCGGGUAGACUCCAGUGCUCAUGGUUUCCAAAAAAACCAAAUCCCUCUGUUUCUGUUAAUUUCAGGUAUCAGGAGUUGAAAUGACAUAAAUGUCUUGAAAGUGCUGACUGCAAAAUGAGUUCCUUCCACUUCAUGCUGAAAGGAGGUAAACUGAAACUGUAAAAAUGAUCAUCAACCCUUUGGCAAGUUACAAGAAAACCACAUAUAAGGCAACUAAAUAAAGACUGUGGUAUGAGUGCUUUGUCAGAAAAAUUCUCCAAAAGAAGUUCAUACUCAGAGGCUGUUAUAUUAAGGUGUUGAAGUCUGCUCCAAGUGUCCAUCCCUGCUGCCCAACACUUCUAUAUAUGAAAUGUUUCCAAAGAAGGAGCUGGUGUGGCUUAUUUGUCACUAAAGUGAACUGCGUUGGAUAUAAAUCAAAAGAUGACAUCUAAAUUUUUACUCAUUGGUCUUCAUAUUCUGCUGAUACCUCUUUCCAGUACUGAAGAAUGUGUUAUUUGUGAUUACUUUGUACUUGUUGGAGAGCCGAUAGCUAUUAGCUGCCCAAUAAUUACAUUGCCACUGCUUCACUCUGAUUCCAAUCUGACCUGGUAUAAAAAUGGGAGUGCUACACCAGUAACCACAGAGAGAGACGCUAGGAUCCAUCAGCGAGAGGGUUUGCUUUGGUUUGUUCCCGCAACACUGGAAGAUUCUGGACCUUAUGAAUGUGAUGUAAGGAGCCUUAACCACUCUAACCGAAAGAGGAUAAAUUUAUCGGUUUUUAAGAAUGAUAAUGGUUUGUGUUUUAAUGGAAAAAUGACGUUUGAACAAAAAGUUAUGAGCACAAAUACUGGAAAGAUUAUAUGCCCUGACCUAGAACAUUUUAAAGAUGAAGAUAAUAAUCAACCUGAAGUACACUGGUAUAAGGAGUGUAAGCCUGGAUUUCUUGAUGGCAAACGACUGACUUUGGCAGAGGGUGAACACGCUGUCUUGAUUCACAAUGUUACUGUACAAGACAGAGGAAACUACACCUGCCGUAUGAUAUACACAUACAUGGGAAAACAAUACAAUGUCUCACGAACCAUGAGUCUAGAAGUUAAGGAACGUCCGCUGCAAACAAGACCAGAGUUUAUUUAUCCAAAGAACAAUACAAUUGAAGUAGAACUUGGCUCUCACAUAAUUAUGGAGUGUAAUGUAUCAAGUGGCAUAAAUGGCUUGAUUCCAUUCUGGCAAGUUAAUGAUGAAGAUGUUGAUAGCUUUGAUAGCACCUACAGGGAACAGUUUUAUGAAGAGGGGAUGCCACAUGGACUUUCUGUAUCUGGAACAAAAUUUAACAUUUCAAAAGUGAAAGUAAAAGAUUACACUCAUAAAUUUUUCUGCCACUUCAUAUAUGGUUCUCAACAAUUUACAGCCUACAUCAAAUUGGAACGCCCAGCUCAGAACAUUCAGGGUUACUUAAUUGGAGGAGGAGUUUCUUUGGCGUUUUUAGUAUUUUUUACAGUCUUCAUCUACAAGAUCUUAAAAAUUGAUAUUGUACUUUGGUAUCGGGAUUCCUGCCAUCUUUUCCUGGGUAAAAAAGUUUCAGAUGGGAAGAUCUAUGAUGCUUAUGUUCUGUAUCCAAGGAAUAGAGAGAACUGCUUGUAUUCAUCAAAUAUUUUUGCUCUGAAAAUACUGCCAGAGGUCUUAGAAAGACAAUGUGGAUAUAACCUCUUCAUAUUUGGGAGGGAUGAUUUACCAGGAGAAGCUGUGAUCAGCGUUGCCGAUGAAAAAAUCCGUCAAAGUAGAAGAGUGAUAAUCAUUUUAGUACCAGAAGCCUCCUGUUACAGUAUUCUAGAAGAUGUGUCUGAAAAGCAGCUAGCCAUGUACAAUGCUCUUAUCCAAGAUGGCAUUAAAGUAAUUCUCAUUGAACUUGAAAAAAUACAAGAUUACGCAACCAUGCCAGAAUCCAUCAAAUAUAUUAAGCAAAAGCAUGGAUCUAUCCGAUGGAAAGGGGACUUCUCAGAAAGGUCACACUCAGCAAGUACCAGAUUCUGGAAGAAAGUGCGUUACCACAUGCCGUCCAGAAAAAAUGGGUCUUCAUCAGGACUGCAUUUGCUACCAAAAGACUUUCAUUCUCCCUAAUUAACAAAAGAAAAGUGACAGUGACUAACUCAGUUUGCAUAGUUGUUGAUGGAUUGAUUGAAGGUCACAUGUAUCUGUUUUCUGCAAUCUUACCCAGAGUUUCUGGAUUGGAGGUACUACAGCAUCAUCUGCAGAUGUGAAUUGUUUUCUCUUCUGUCCAGAUCAACAGAAUGCCUUGAAAUGUCAUUGUUAACACCAUGCACGAAGUACAUGUGCCUUUUCCAAGGAUUGAACUGUGAUUUGUUGGAAUUCUUUUGGUAUUAAAAAUGUAAGGCAAAAAAAGCUAUAAAAAACCCAGAAAACUUGGGUUUUGCCAUUAAAGGUUGAAUAUGAAGGGAACUAUGUUAAUUAUAAUUGUGGUAUUAUGUAAUGGAUAUGGUUGAUGCCAGUGUAAACAGGUCUGUUUCAGGUCUUUUAAUGACAAAAACUUUGUUACAAGUUCAUUACUUGCCUUGUGCAGUUUCCUGAAAGAUAAAUCCCUCUGUGUUGUUGCAUCAGUAUGUUGUCAUCCAAGAGAAAAAGUAAGAGACAAUUCCAGCCACCUCAAAAGUGCUGUUGAACAAAGCAUAAGUACCCUUCCUUGAUCUUUUUUACAUUUUAAAGAUCUGUACCAUUUUUUGUCAUUUGUCCCAUGCAGACAUUGCAAAAAUACCUUUGUAAUGCUGUACUGAGUCAAAAAAUUAAUCUCCAGAGGAUUUUCAUUUUUUCCAAGUUGAGUGUCUUAAUAUGUUUCUUCUUAUUUUGUCCAAGUGGAACAAGUAGAUACAAACUCUCUCAUGGGGAGUACAGGAUGGUUUGCCUCAUCUACCUUGCCUUAAGGACCAGAUCAAGGGGUUUCAGGGCACCCACUUCUUAUGGGUCGCUGUUGUCACCAGAGAGCAAGUUGUUUCUCCUGUUCCCAGGCAGGGUGCCGAAGCUACUUGAGUGUGGCAGAAUUUUUCUCUUCCUUGGGGUAGUAUUCUCCCAGAUUAGUAUGUUCAUCUUGUUCCCAGACAGUUCAGAGUGCAAGGGGAGAAGAAAAGGAGUGAUGGGAUCAUGGUUUUUGGUUCCAUAUAUGUUUAGAACAUAUCAUUGUCAGCCAAUACUCUUUAAAGUGAGAGAUGUCCCGUGUUACCCCUUGCACUCACUUGCUUUUCCCCUUUUCCUCUGUCCUGGUGAGGUAAGGAUUCUGAGACAACUGCCUAUGGAAUUUGGCUGGGGCUGGAGCUGGAGCUUCCAAACAUCUGUUUGUUAAAAAAACUUACUGUAUAUGCUGAAGCCUUUUUCUUGCCUUUUUUGUUUUUUAAACAAUAUUAUGUAUGCCACAACUGUUAAGUCUGAAGUUAUGUUUGACGUGUGUGUAGGCAGUCAUGUAAUUUUAUAACAAUUGUUUCUUUUUUUCAAGAGAGGGAGUUGAUUUGAUAAACUUGAUAAUUUUUUUAAAAUCAGUUUAAUGCCAUGUUUAUAACUAUGAAUUUUGUAGGAGGAGACAUAAAAGCCAAAUUACCUGUGCUUUUCAGUCUGUCUUUGAAAGUUACAUUUUGAAGUAAUGAGAUGUAGUUGUAAAUGAAAGCUUCAGGAUUUGCCUUUAACUGCUGCUUGCAACUCAGGAGGUCCUAUGUGUGUCCUAUCAUCUUUCUUGCAGCACCAUUUGUUCUCUUCCCAGUCAAACUGCAACCUGUUUUUUCCCCGUGUAAGUUCCUGUAUCUUGGAACAAGCAACUCAGUGUUGUGUCAGACUCCAUCACUUUCUGGGCUGUCUUUGAAGGCUAUUGCUAGUAUUAGGCAGAAUUUUUUCCUUUCAGUUGGUCCUUUGGUACCUCUGCUUGUUCAUCUGAAAAAAAACUCAUGCUGUGCAUCCUUCAGAAUUUGCCUACUCAUUUUGACACUGAAGACAUGUUUUUUCUUCUUUCAUGACUCAAGCAUUUUUUACCUUAUGCCUCCAUCCUUAACCAAAUAAAACUGAUAGUGUCAAGUGCCAUCCCUCAGGAAAACUGCACAGUGAACAUGAGACAUUGUGACCUUUGCACUCUGCCUGAUAAGUGACAAAACCAGUGGAAAUAGGUUCCUUUCCUACCUAAAGUGCUUUGGUUGCCUUGGUGUAAACUGGAAACUUGAAACUCUGCUUUUGAGAGACAGCGCCUUCAGAGCUUUGUGACUUGAGUGUGUGUUUGGCCAGAACAGACUAAGAAUCUCUUCAUUUCAGGUUAGGAGGGAAGAAAAUGUGUUUGAAACAAUAGGCUAUUCGAAAUUGUCAUGGUACUGGAAUGUUCUAUUGAUCAAUGUCAUGUAUGUAACAGACUAAUGGCAAUGCUUAUAUUCUGUUCUUCUGUGUUUUAGUCAAGAUGUAAAUGUCCAGGGAGGAUCAGUUCUGGUCAUGAAGUGCCACAUUCACGUAGCUGCUGCACACAGUAUGUAUUUAAAUAUGGAGUGUGUUCAGUGACAGCCUGUUGUAGGUUAAAAAAACCUCGAGAUCCAUCUGAAAUUACUGACAUCCCUCUGAGCAAGACUAAUUGUUAUGGUCCACGUCGACAGAAGAAUUUAGUAGGGCAGAAGCCGUAUAGUUUGGUCACAGAACUCUUCUGUAAGAAGAUCCCUAUACCAAAUGUGAAGACUAGACACUGGAAGUAUGGUAUUUGUACUCUGAGGACUAGGAUAUAAUACUGACUUUGCACUUCCACCUUAACAGCUUGCAGUAUGCAGACCAGCCAACAGAGUUCCAGUGACCUCAGGCCUCCUGAAUUUUUUUUUGCUGACUGGAAUAGAUUGAUGGAAAACUGCUAUUUGCUAUCCCUACCUUUAGGGAUAAGAAAGUUAUUUUACUGAGCCAAAAUAUUGUUUUUUAAAAAAUAACAUUUAUUCCUUUUGAUAUAUUUAUACAAAUGAUGCUAAAGUUUUCAUGUGUGCUAUGUAGAGGCACUUUGAAGAAAAGUCCCAUUUUUAAAUCCAAUAAAGGCACUACAUAUUUUUUUUCUUACAACACUUGUGUUUUUUCCUCAGUCCUCCACAAAAGUGUGCUGAGAAUGGACAAUGGCAAGCAGCAGUCUUGACAUGAAGUGUCUUAAACAAGACUGAUACAUUCAUUCAGGCUAUGGAAUGAGUAGUGUGGGGGAAAUGAUGUUCUUAACCACGGUGUUAAUCUGGUCUUGGCACAGCAUUAGCACUGACCACCUCAUCCAGCCUUGCCAAAGUGGGAGCAGUGAGUUGGCUUUGCUCUGUCCUGUACUCUGCUUGUAGCAAGGUGAAGCUGGAGCAGCCUCAAAUGGAGCUUAGUAGCAGUAGUGGUCAGCUGUAGUGGAGAGGCAGCCUUCUGCUUGUCUCAUCUGCUCCAGGAAAGCCAGAGCCUUGCAAGUAGGGCUGUAAGGGGUGGUCUUGUACAAGACUUCAUGUUGAUUUCAGAGGGGCUAAUGGGCUUAGCACAGGGCUUACAAAAUCCUGUUCAAUCCUAAUAGAUAAAGGAGCUUAUAAAACAGGAAUUUUAAAUUUGAUCUGUACUUUUUGCAUUCUGGUUGUUUUGAAAUUCUUGAAAGCUCUUACGGAAUACCAUUUUGCCCAAAUUCUAGUAUAAGUAAUACCAGCUCUGUUUCCUUGCUAGUUUAAUCCAAGGCCUGUUUUUCGUUCUCUCCAAUAAUGAAUUAUAGGACACGAGGAAAUGGGUUUAAGUUGUGCCAGAGAAGGUUCAGAUUGGACAUUAGAAAGAACUUUUUCAUGGAGAGGGCUAUUAAGCAUUGGAAUAGGCUGCCCAGGGAAGGUGGACCAUCCCUGGACACAGUCAAAAGAUGCAUAGAUGAGGUGCUGAGAUAUGCGGUUUAGUUUAGUGAUGAGCCUGGCAGUGUGACACUAGUGGUUGGACUCAAUCUUAAAAGUCUUGUCCAACUGUAAUGAUUCUAUGAUCGUUUCUAGCAGGUAAGAAAGCCGAGGCAUUCUUCUGAAAUGAGCUUUUAUAUCAUAGAAUCAUAGAAUGGUAGGGGUUGGAAAGGACCUUUAGAGAUCAUCUAGUCCAACUCCCCCGCAGAAGCAGGGUCACCUAGAUCAGGUCGCAUAUGAACAUGUCCAGGCGGGUCUUGAAGACCUCCAAGGAAGGAGACUCCACAGCCCCUCUGGGCAGCCUGUGCCAGGGCUCCAUCACCCUCACAGUGAAAUAGUUUUUUCUUACAUUUAAGUGGAACUUUUUAUGUUCCAGCUUCAUCCCAUUACGCCUUGUACUGUUGCUAGUUACAACAGAAAAAAGGGGUGUCCCUGUAUAACUCUCACAGUAGUUGUUUUUCAGAACCUAAGAACUUUUGUUAUCUUCUGUAUAAUCAGCAGUAAUGUCUAAU